AUGCCGACAGUAUCUUCGGGCAGAGUCCUCGUUACCGGCGCGAAUGGCUAUAUUGCCAUAUGGGUUGUCCGUAGGCUCCUCGAGCAGGGCUACACUGUUCGAGGGACUGUGCGGUCUGAGAGCAAGGCGGAGUAUCUUCACCAGUCCUUCGCUGCGUAUGGAAACAAGUUCGAGACCGUAGUCGUCGAGGAUAUCACGAAGCUGGGCGCUUUUGACGAGGCAGUCAAGGGGAUGGAUGCCAUUGAACAUGUCGCGUCGCCAAUGCAUUUUAAUGCGGACGAUCCUGACGAGCUCAUCGUGCCCGCAGUCAAUGGCACGACGAGCCUGCUCGAGUCCGCACGCGUGUAUGGUGCCUCAGUCAAGCGCAUCGUCUUUACCUCGUCUUGCGCUGCACUCAUGAAUGUACAAGACACGCCGCGGGUCUUCACCGAGGCAGACUGGAACGAGCAGGCUAUCGCCGAGGUGAGGGAGAAAGGACGCGCGGCGGCGCAGCAGACGAAGUAUCGCGCGAGCAAGACGCUGGCAGAACGAGCGGCGUGGAACUUCAUGGAGAAGAAUAAGGAUGCGCUCAUGUGGGAUCUUGUCGUAAUAAACCCCCCUCAGGUGUAUGGGCCCAUGCUACAUGAGGUACCAACCCCCGGAGCCCUGAACGCAAGCAUGCAUAUGUGGUAUUCUAACGUGAUCGAAGGAUCGCUCAAUGCGUACCAGCUAGCAACAAUGGGGUCUGUUUGGGUUGAGGUUCGCGAUUUGGCGGAUGCGCAUGUACUUGCAAUCCAAAAACCGGAAGCCGGCGGGGAGCGUAUCAUCGUUUCAGCACCUCCAUUUAAGUGGCAAGAUUGGUUAAAUGCAGCCCGUGCAUGCAACCUCGAUACACCCCCCGGAAACGAAUUGUACGAUCCUGCGAAGGCAACUCAUCACGUCUCGGUUGAUACAUCCAAGGCGGCAAAGCUACUCGGAAUGACAUACCGGUCUCCUAUGGAGAGCGCCAGGGAUAUCGCUGCAGACCUCAAAACCAGAGGCUUCAUCUGA